UUUAUCGAUUAGCCCUCGCUUCCACUCCGACCACCACUACCCCCAAUCCUCCACCAUCUCCGCAAGCUCCUCCAAUGGCCAGAGCAGAUCCUGCCGCUGCAGAUCCGGACAUUCCCGCCAAGGACGCGCCGGCCGAGGCGGCGCAGCGCCUCCAGCGGGUCCGCGCCAACCUCCGCCUCCCCGACCGGCCUUUCUCGGCGCUCUCCCGCGACCACGACGCCGGCCUCCGCGCGCUCCGCCUCCUCGACUUCGCGCGCCUCGACCUCCCCUCCUCGGGCGUCCCGCGCCCCGACCUCGUCGCCGAGCUCGUCGCCACCUACUCCGCCACCCGCGGGCGGAGCUCCGUCCGGGGCGAGCAGGUCGAGGUCUCCCUCGACUCGUUCGCCAGGGCGCUCCUCCUGCCCCCGCACGCUCCCCCGGCUGGCGGCGACGCUGACGCGGCUGCCCGGGCCUCCGCCUCCAGGGAGUUCGCCAGGGUCUACAUCGGGACGCCAGCGGCGGCUUCCACUGGCAUGAAGCGCCGGCUGCCCACCAUCUUCUUCGACAGGAAUGUGAAGCGGGGGCCAGAUUACACCACCGAGCUGCUGUGGGAGCUGCUCAAGCAGGAGAUGGAGCACCUGGUCGAGAGCGAGAGCACUGACUGUGUCAGCUACUACGGUGCGUUCCUGCAGAGGCUCAUCUGGGUGCAGAGGCCGCAGCUCUUCCAACCGCCACCGGAGACGCCUGCCGAGGCAGUUGCACCAUUGGCAUUGUGCGUCUGGAAGGAACAAGAAAGCAAUCUAGCAGCAUUGUGCGUCCGCAAGAAACAAGAGAGCAAUCCACCAGCAUUGUGCGUCCGGAAGGAACAAGAGAGCAAUCUAGCAGCAUUGUGCGCCCCAAAGGAAGAAGAAAGCAAUCUAGCAGCAUUGUGCAUCUGGAAGGAACAAGAGAGCCAUCUACCAACAAUCCACGAGAACCACGAGUGCUGCUCUGAGUCCGACAUCUGUAGAGCUGAAACAAGCCCCAAACAGGUUGACAUGGAAUCAAAGACAACCUGGUCUGCUGUCUCUGAUAAGGGAUACGCUCUAACUGAAUCUCGUCAAGACAAUUCUUUUCCCAGGAAGACUGCUAGUGUCAGUCGUCGUCGUGCACUUAGCUUUGAAGGAGCAGACGUGGCUAAUGAGGUCCAGAAGCUGCCUCCAGUCGUUGCUGCUGCACUGUUACCGGUGCUUCAUAAGAAAAGACGUGGCCGCCCUGGCAAAGUUCAGACUGCCUUGGUUGAGCCUGGGAAUCACAGCCCUUGUGAAGUUCAGACUUCUCCGGUUGAGCCUGAGAAUUGUGGCCCUUGUGAAGUUCAGACUGCCCCGGUUGAGCCUGAGAAUCACAGACCUUGUAAAGUUCAGACUGCGCUGGUUGAGCCUGAGAAUCGUGGCCCUUGUGAAGUUCAGACUGCCCUGGUUGACCCUGAGAAACGCAGCACUUGUAAAGUUCAGACUGCCCUGGUUGAGCCUGAGAAUCGUGGCCCUUGUGAAGUUCAGACUGCCCUGGUUGACCCUGAGAAACGCAGCACUUGUAAAGUUCAGACUGCCCUGGUUGAGCCUGAGAAACGCAGAGUUACUCGUGGCAGCAUCAAGAGCAAUGGCUCUAAGCCCACUCCUGUGGUGGAUCAGCAAGCUAGGCCCAAGAAGAAACUUGGUGCGAAGAUGAUGUUGAAGAAGCCGACACCUGCAAGGCAACAAGGGACAAUGAUCAAGCAAAUUAAAAGGAAGAAAUGAGCAUUCCAGCUACACCAAUACAUGUGAUGCAAAAGGCUGGCAGGGACCUUGGGAUAGAGCCAGAGAACCUGACAAGGGACAAUCUUUGAAGCUUACCCUUCCUCCUCCAGUCCUUCAGCUGCUGAUGAUUAGGCUUUCCCUGUUAAUUAGCCCCUAUCUUUAUUUCUCUGUUAUAUUUAGCUUGCUUUUCUAGAGAACCCUUCUGGUCUGUUUUGUAGGAUCCCUUGGUGGCUAUGCAUGCAAGUGUCAAACUUUCAUCUAUAUUUGGUUUAUCAAUGUGA